AUGACGACGGAGGAGAUGAUGGAAGAGGAGAUGUUUGCUGCGAUCCUGGCGAAGCUUGAGGAAUUAGGGAAGAAGAUGGAUGACACAAAUCGGAAGGCGGAUGGUGUAAAUCAGAAGAUCGAUAAGAUGAACGUUGAGUUGUGCAGCCGUGCUGAGGCACCGAAGCCCUCAGCAGUGCCGCCCAUCCCUUCCCCGACCUCUUCUCCACUACGGGAUGCCGCCCUAGUCGUUUCCGUCGCGACCACUGAGCUGCUACCCGAGGCGCCCACCAGGUGUUCGAUGGCGGAUCCCAGUCAGGCCACCUGCAGUGCGGCGGCCACGUCCUUAGCAUCAGCAAUGGCUUCACCGACCUCCUCUCCACCAUGGGAUACUGCCCACGUUGUUCCUGGAAUGGCCACCAAGCUCCUGGAGAUGGCGCCUACAAGGUGUUCGAUGACGGGUCUCUACUCUCUACCAGAAUGCGCAUGUUCCGGCGUCUGUGUCCACGUCCGCCGCACCGCCCAUGCCUUCAUCACCUCCGCCAGGCCUUCCAGUGUUGGCGUCCACUGCAACGGUACCACCCUCCACUUCCUCAGCUCAGUCAAUGGCUAUGUCAAUCACUACACAUGUUCCAAAGCCUACGAGCAUAGCCGACACCAACCCAAUGCAAGAUACAGCCGCCUGCCUGUUUGA